AUGUCUGAGCAAGAUAAUCAUCCAAAUAAAUACAGUGAAUUGCGAAGUAUCUCUAAAUACUACAUUGAUUCAUUUAAUGCAUUGUAUCAUUUAAAAACAAAAAAUGAAGAAGAAUUAAAAGAUAUUUACAAAAUGAUCAAAACAGAAUUGAUUGAUUCAAAGAAAUAUCUCCCAGAAUAUAUUAUAAAAGAUAUUUUAGGUAUCAUUCCGUAUAAUAACCGCUAUACAAAGUCAUAUUUAUCUCUUGCAAAACUCAUUUCUGAUGAUUAUCAUGUCCAAGAGGUCAGAAAUACUAUACUUAUUUCCAACUUCUUGUUCUAUAAAGAAUAUGGAAUUAAAUUAGACAAAUCCGAUUAUUUUGAAAAAUCCGACUCAGAAAAUCUGGAUAUUCAUACAGAAAAUACAAUUUACAGGGCAAUUAUGUAUAAUGACUUAGAAAAAUUCAUUGCAUUCACAGAAAGAGAUGGAUUUGAUGAAGAUCAAACACUUGAAAGCGAUUUGUAUCCAGUAUAUUACCCAAAAUAUUCAUUGCUUGAAUUAUGUUGUUACCAUGGAGCAGUUGAUUGUUUCAAGUUAUUAAUAUCGAAAUUUCACUCAGAAAUAACUCAAUCAUGCCUUCAAUUAUCAUUUUUGGGCGGAAAUCAAGAGAUCAUGAGUGAAUGUUUGAAAUAUCAAACGCCAUCUAAAGAAUGCAUGUUUUAUGCAAUUCUUUCACACAACAUUGAUUUUGUUACAUUUUUGAUGAAUGAAUACAACAUAGAGAUUGAUUUAGAAAAUUGCGGAAGAUUUAAUAAUCUUGAAUCAUUUUUAGUUUAUUUCGAUCAAACUAAUGAUAUUAACAAAUGCUUUAUUUAUUCCACACAGUUCAAGACUCUAUCCUUUUGCGAAUAUUUCCUCUCAUGCGGUGCAAAUAUCGAUGCAAAAGAUGAAAGUGGAGAAACUGCUCUUCAUAUUGCUACUCAAGUUAAUAGUACUGAAAUAGUCGAAUUUCUUAUUUCACAUGGUGCAAAAAUCAAUCAAAAAGAUAAUGAUGGAUUCACCGCUCUUCACUGUACAAUAUUUUAUUUUAAUAAAGAACUAGCUGAACUUCUUGUCACACAUGGUGCAAAUAUCAAUGAAAAAGAUUAUGAUGGAAAAACUCCUCUUCAUAUUGCAGCAUUUAAUAAUAUUAAAGAAGUAGCCGAACUACUUAUUUCACAUGGUGCAAAUAUCAAUGAAAUAGAUGCAAGUGGACGAACUGCUCUUGAUGUUGCAAUAUAUACUAAUAGUAAAGAAAUGAUGGAACUUCUCUUUUCACAUGAUGCAGAAUUUAAUUCUACUUUGUAA